UCGACAUUUUUGCCAGGUUUCUAUUCUGUCUAAUCGUCAACGCAAGUACCUCGACCAUGUUGCCUAGUUUCGCGAUCUUCUGUGCAUUACUGCUCCACCAGGUCACCCUUGCAAUUGGUUCGAACGUUUCCGGUACCUCGUACUUCUUCAAAACGAACGGUAACAACGAAUUCCGGGUGUACAACAGGAUUCACUACCUCAAUCACAACAUCACGGAUAUGCGAUACAACCCACAUCCAGCCAACGUUAAAAUGAUCAAAGCCCAACCCGCCUUCAGGGAACCCAAGAAGACCCUGUAUCUCGACAACGAAUGGGACUACGAUCACAAAAAGACGAACUUGUCCGACCUGCCGCAUUUUGUCCCGAAAUUCUACGAACAGCACCUUUCGGAAGCGAACCAAACGAGAACCAUCAGGAUCCUUUUCAAUGAGAACCGUAACGCGACGAGUCCAGUCGUCAAGUUCAAUUUGGCCAGUCUCGUAGUUGGGGAAAACGUCUCAGAUGCUGACUUGUACUUUUACUGGCCUUUGGAGAACACGUCGAGUGUUUUUAAGACUUCGGUCGUUCUGAAAUUGUACCAAAUUGAACACCAGCUGAGUAACGACCUUAACGAGACCGCCGUGUGGGACAAUCCUGACCUCCACAAGCUUUUCAACAUCAUCUACGUGUCCAAGGCGCACAAAGGCUGGCAGACGUUCAAAAUCAAGAAACCCAUCGAUAACUGGCUCAAUGGGGAGGUUAACCUUGGUCUUCUACUGACGAUAUCGAGCUACGACGACAACCAGCUCGUUUCAGUUUUCAACGACACGAACGCGGGCAUCUUCAGGACAUUCGCGGUGGUAAAAAUGACGCCGGAAAAUGUUUCAGGCGAAGGCGACGCUCCUGACGGCAAAAAGUCACGACUGUCUGGACUGAACGACCGACAGCCCUCUGCGGACGGCGGCACGUGCACCAGACGAGACUGGUACGUCGAUUUCGAUCAACUGCGAUGGAACGACUUCAUCAUCCGACCGCUAAAAGGUUUCAACGCAUACGAGUGCGUCGGCAAAUGCGACCUGGAUGAUCCCCACGCGUCAAACCACGUCAGGUUGCGCGCGACGUCGCGCAGCAAGAGUUGCUGCGCGGUUGCCGCGCUAUCGGCGGUGCCGAUCAUGUUUUACGACCGACACGGCAACGUCGCGAUGAAAAACUACGCCGGCGCCGUCGCCGAAGAGUGCUCCUGUAGAUAAUCGCCGUCGUUAAUAAAGCUUAUAUUCAAAUGUU